UGUGUUUCUUGUGUUUCUUCCCCAUAGCACAGUCGGCCCCACCAGCCGCAGUCACCGCUCGGCCCCCUCCACCGGAAGCCCUUGGGGGAAGGAGGGAGAGAAGGAGUCCUUCCGCCUGCCGCGGAGGAACAUCCAGGUCAAGGGGGGGAGGGCCGUUCGCCAGCCCGCCUUUUACAAAAAGGCGGUAGCGGCGUCCCUGGCCGUUAGGUUCUCUUGGCGCGCGAGUGGGGUCUCUUCCGCGCUCUGUGCGGUAGAAGUGCAGUCCUCGCGGCAGUCAGGGUGCUGAGGGGACAGAGGAGCUGCCCGGUUCUUCCGCUCUCUGGGCGGACCUGGGUCCCCCGAUUGCAGCCCACCGUUCUCGGGGCCGUGCCUGGCGUGAGGAGCAAGGAGGAUGGAAGAAGCUGCGGGGGAUCUGAAGCAAGCGCUCCCAAACGUGUGUGACAACGUUCAGAUACAUGUGGAAGUUCAUCAGAAAUCAAGCAGUGCGGCCAAGAAAGAAGAUAUCAAGAUGAGUGUCUUAAAGCUGUUGAACAGACAUAACAUCGUGUUUGGUGAUUACAAGUGGACAGAGUUUGAUGAUGGUUUCCUUAAUAGCAAUGUGCAGUCCGUGUCAAUUGUGGAUACAGAGCUGAAACUGAAAGACAGACAGCCUAUUGACUUGAGCAAAAGCAGUCUUUUUCUUCAUGUUUUUCAUCUGAAUGAAGAAGGACCAAGCUCUGAAAACCUGGAAGAAGAGAAUGAGGAUAUCAUUGCAGCUAACCACUGGGUGCUACCAGCAGCUGAAUUCCAUGGCCUUUGGGAAAGUCUUAUAUAUGACACUGAAGUAAAAUCACAUUUACUUGAUUAUGUGGCGACAGCAUUACUAUUUUCUGACAAAAAUGUUGACAGCAACCUGAUAUCAUGGAACAGAGUUGUUUUGCUGCAUGGCCCUCCUGGAACUGGGAAAACCUCUCUCUGUAAAGCAUUGGCUCAGAAGCUGACAAUUCGACUGUCAUACAGGUAUAGAUAUGGACAGUUAAUUGAGAUAAACAGCCAUAGCCUUUUCUCUAAAUGGUUUUCUGAGAGUGGCAAGCUUGUAACCAAGAUGUUCCAGAAGAUUCAAGAGUUAAUUGAUGACAAAGAUGCUCUUGUAUUCGUACUGAUUGAUGAGGUGGAAAGCCUCACAGCAGCCCGCAGUGCCUUCAAGGCAGGCACAGAGCCUUCAGAUGCUAUUCGUGUGGUGAAUGCUGUACUGACACAAAUAGAUCAGAUUAAAAGGUAUCCCAAUGUAGUUAUCCUGACUACUUCAAAUAUUACGGACAAAAUUGACAUGGCCUUUGUAGACAGGGCUGACAUAAAGCAAUACAUUGGACCUCCAUCCACUGCAGCAAUAUUUAGAAUAUAUCUUUCUUGCUUGGAAGAACUGAUGAAGUGUCAAAUAAUAUAUCCUCGACAGCAGCUCCUGACACUCAGAGAGCUAGAGAUGAUAGGCUUCGUAGAAAAUAAUGUGUCAAGGCUAAGCCUUGUAUUAAAAGAAAUCUCAAGAAGAAGUGAAGGUCUUAGUGGCCGGGUCCUGAGAAAACUUCCUUUCCUAGCACAUGCACUUUAUAUUCAAUCCCCCAGUGUUACAAUGGCAACGUUUCUUCAGGCUCUUUCACUUGCAGUAGACAAACAAUUUGAAGAAAGAAAGAGACUUGCAGACUCGCUGUGAUACUCUAUUCUUUUACA